AUCACGUUCUUAUACUAUUUUUCCUCGGAUUAAAACACAAAAGCCAAAACUCCUAGUAAACUUUUUAAUAAAACUCAAAAUUUCUUCUAGUACAUCACCUUGGAUGAAAUUGGUUACUACUUUAUUAAUAGAAAACGUUUCAAGUCAGAACUUGUAAAAUUACGAGUCCACUAGCUAACCACGCACGUUGCUUACUGCUAUGAUCAUUACGAUCAUCAUCGCACAUGAGUCGAAAGCAAUUUAUCAAUAGUAAUUAGAUGCUUAUUAUCCUAAGGAAAAUGGUUCUCAACGUACCUGGAAUACGUUCAGCCAGCACAAUUCCAAGUUAUGAUGUACGAAGCUGUGAAGGCUUUGAAUAACUUGCAAAGCAAUGCUGCAUACUUACAGAAUGUCAAAACACACAAUUCAGCAACAAAUACUAAUCUAAAGGACACUAGAAAAUAUCUGCUACGGUCCGGAAUAACUAUGGAGGAAUUGGAUAAAUUAUCAGUCAUUCAUGUAGCUGGGACUAAAGGAAAGGGAUCUACGUGUGCUUUUAUAGAAGCAAUUAUACGUAAGCAUGGUUUUAUCACAGGGUUCUACAGUUCUCCACAUUUGAUCAAUGUAAGGGAACGUCUUAGGAUUAAUGGUCAACCAAUGCCUGAAGAGGAAUUUACGCAGUCUUUCUGGAAAGUAUAUGAGUCUCUCGACAAGAAAAAAGAACAUGACACAGACAUGCCACAGUAUUUCAAGUUCCUGACAGUUUUAAUGUUUCACGUCUUUCUGGAAGUAAAAGUUGACGUGGCUAUCAUAGAAGUGGGAAUUGGUGGCGAGCAUGAUUGCACGAAUAUUGUAAGAAAUCCAGUGUGUGUUGGUAUAACUAGUUUAGGUCUGGAUCACACAAUGUUACUAGGAAGCACUUUGGAGUCGAUAGCUUUCCAGAAAUCAGGAAUUUUCAAAGAAAACACCAGAGCAUUUACAGUGUCACAACCAAAGGAAGCUAUGACUAUUUUGGAGAGGCGAGCAAAAGAAAAACAUUGUGAUCUAAGUAUCGUAACCAAUUAUCAAAGCUAUAACUGGAGAAAUGGUCCUCCGACACUUAGCAUCCAGAGCAAAGUCCAAUGGUGUAACGCAUCCUUAGCUAUUGACCUGUCCAAAACAUGGAUAUCUUGGAAAACGCAGAAUCCAAAUUUUGGCAACGAUAAUGGAAAUAAUACCACUGCUCCAAGUACAGUUACAAAUCAACUAAACAAUAAUACAACUUCCUCAACUGAAGUAACUAGAGACCUUCUCAAUGCAAGUGACAGUAGUACACAAAGAAAAAUAUUAAAUAUCUCAAACUCAAAAUUACAAACAAAACUGAACUCAUCUAAUUCAGCCAGUGAAUCUUCUCUCGAAAAACUUCAAUGUUCCUCAACAAUAUCAUUUGAAAAAGUAGCAGAGGCAUUAUCAUCCUGCAAGUGGCCAGGGCGAACACAGAUUCUAUGUGGCAAGAGUAUGGACUUCUACGUAGAUGGUGCUCAUACGAUUGAGAGUAUAGAGUUCUGUGUUUCCUGGUUCAAAGAUGUUACUCGUAAUUCUCCAGAGAGAAGAUAUUUAAUCUUCAACAGUACAGGUGCCCGUGAUUCUUUGAAGUUACUUAAACCAUUUCGUACCCUGUCCUUUGAGAAGGUCUUCUUCGUACCCAAUGUGGCAGGAACAAUAUCAAAAACUGAUCAACAAAAUUUCUCAGUGACAACACAAGAGCAGAUACGCAGAUGUCAGUGGCACUGUGAAAUUUGGGGUGACGGUUCAACGUUUGCCAAUAGCGUAAGCGAGGCUCUAGAACGCAUAAAGAAGGAUAGCAGCGAAAAUUCUAAUUUAACAAAUAAACCCCAGGUUCUUAUCACAGGAUCUCUACAUUUGGUGGGUGCUGCGCUAGCUCUGAUAGAUCCAGAUCUCACGAUGACGACAAAUUAUUAAAUUGCCUAGUGAUUCCGAUGCAGGCCUGUUGUUAUUAAACGGUGAAGGACUCAGUGAAUUAUAUCUUUUUGUGGAAAUAGAACAGUUAUAUUCUUAUAAUAAUUAAUAAUAAUAAUGUAACAAUGAUCGCAUCAAUUACUAGCAUGCCGUUACGGCAAGUUUCACUGCGAUAUCGAAACAAGUUGCUGGACACUUGCAUUGUUCAAUACAGUCGACAAUUAUUUUGUACUUUUUUACGAACAUUUGUUUCGCACUCCGGACUUUUUUAUAAUAAUAAUAAAUGUUCGAUUGAUUUACAUACUCAAAAAGAA